GAUGUGAAAGGAACAUCUGGGGAAGAAGCCGUUUCGUCGCAAAGGAAGAAAGUGCAGUGCAUGAGUAUCUUCUGGGUCAAUAGUCAAGGAUGGUGUCCCUCUACAAUAUCUUCCAAAUAUGAAAGUUACGUCGCCAUGACAAGGUAGGAUCUCGGCGAUAGUGAUCUGGACCAGUUUCCUGAAAUACUUCGCUGCAUUUUCUGCUGUUCGUCUUGAAGAUUCACCUGCUCGAGAGAUGCUGAAAUUGCAAUGUAAUGUGUUGAGGACUGAGACUCUUGUAGAGUCACUUUUAGGAUAGACUAUGAAUUGAUUUGAAUUGAAAUCUUCAACUAUUCUUUUGAAUUGAAAGUGAUCAUUAUUAGCAAACGGAGGUUGAUGCCGUACGCAUUUCGGAGAGGGGUUAGUUCGUCCUCUUUAUCUUUAUAGUAAAAUUAUUCACUUUCACCAUUAUGAAUGCUGGUUGAAAAUCAUUGCAUCACGAUGUUGCGUUUAAGAUGUGUUCACAUUCUAUUAUGGACGAGUCUAAAAUGGAGCGUCUCGGGGAACAUACUGACAAUGUCUUCUCGGCGAAAUUUGCGCUGCUCAGUUUUCCACCCCAGUGGAGAAACAUUAUCGGGCACACGCACACUUAUUGCUUCAGUGCUCUAUAUGAAAAUGAGCUCCUAUGCGCGACAGGAACAAGGGUUUUCCCCUCUGUAUUUUAAAUAUUUUUGGCGCUUGCUGUUUUGUUUCCCUGCGUUGUUUAAUUCUAUAUUGAUAUAUCCGCGAGGUUACAUGAGGUUUUGCAUACUCUUUGAAUCUUUAUAUUAGUGAUUUCUCACUCCACUUCAGCGCUAGAAUUGAAGAGUGCGACUAAACACAGAUUUAGUAGAUCAAGCCCCGUUUAACUAAUAGAACCACGGGCCGUGUAAAAGCCCAUAUUAAUCUAAUUUAUUGCGCGUCCGGGAAGGUAUUUCCUGUUUAUAAAACUUCUUUUUUAUAACAAAGUUUCAUAACUAUAGAUAUAAGGAGAUUUUUAUUUAUUUCAGUUGUGUUAAAGGUUGAUCGAAGUUGAUUGGAACAAUGGGACACGUGUGCAAUUCGCCCUAGGAGGUUUAAUGAAUGCAGAAUGGUGUGAUGUUUUUAUUCAUAGUUUCUCUUGCACAAUUUAUCAGUUAGUGCUUGUUCAGUGAUUAGCCGCACGCUUCAGUUGAUGCGCCAGGAUUCGUAUUUUCAUAGUAGGUAGGAGUGCAAAAAUACAUUACAAUGCAAUGUAAAAUCUCAAGAAAACUGACAAGUGCAUGGUAGUUGCGCAGUAAUGAGAAUAAUGGUUUCCCAUUCUCCUGCAAAUUCCUUUAUUCCUCAUCAAAUUUUAUACAUGUUAUGUUUGAGGCAUUAAUUACAUUAAUUAAGGUAAACUUAUAGUACUGAUGAUAUGUAUAAAGUACGUACAAAAAUAUGAAGCAACAAGGGGCUAAACUAAUAACCCUGAAAUCCAAAUAAAUAAUGCGUAUAGUCACUGAAAAACAAUACAAAUAUUUAGUGUAUUUACAAGAUAUGUACAGUUAUCUCUGGGACGGAGAACACGAUACAAAUACAUAUGAUGGGACAUAGAGUGAAAGAUACAUAUAAAAUCCUGAACAACAAAUUAUAAAGAAAUAGAGCAGGACGUUGUUAGUGCCUGUAAACCCUGAGAAAUUUAUACGGCAGCGGCGGCGAU